UUGUGCUAAAGCGGGAAGGUUUAUGCUAUUCAGGCGAAGGGCGCAAUUUUAUCCCGCCGUCCAAACAGAAAGCGACGCAGUCCCAAGGGCCAAGCACAUCGAUUUGGGAGGGAAAAUCAGUUUGGGGGAAAGGGUUUUGCUUGACCUCCAUUCCUCUUCCUCAUAUCUUUUCAGAAUUUGUUCUUCCUUUUCUCUUCCUGAUUUAUUAUUUUUUUUGGAUUUUUAAAUCUUCUGUGAUAUGAAAAGAAGACAUAGCGAGAAAGUUUUGAUUCGUAUCCACAGUAUUGGUACACUGUUGAUUUCUGGGUCUUCUGGUUUGCCCCUAGAGUCAGUUCACAUUGAAUCAGAUCGGCCGUACACGAUAGGUCGAAGAAGUGAUAAUGGGUUGUGCGAUUUCGUCCUUGAUCACGGCGCUAUCAGUAGAAAGCACUGUCAGAUUCUAUUUGAUAGCCAAAGCAGCAAACUUUACAUUUAUGAUGGCGUAAUUCUCUUGCCUUCAGGUAGUUUUCGCCAAGUUUUUGAUGGAUUCAGAAGAAGAUUGGUUAGCAUCGAUGAGCUGGAGAAGGAAAACGGAGAUUUAGGGAGUUUUAAAUUUAGGGUCUCUUUGAACGGAGUGUAUGUUAAUCGUGUUCGGGUUAGUAAAGCCAAAAUCCAGGAGGUUUCUACCGGCGAUGAGGUGUUGUUUGUUUGCUGGAAGGAAGGAUUGUGCUAUAAACAUGGUCGAGUUGGGUUUGUGGUUCAGGAGAUUGAUUCUGGAGGAGAUACUUCGAUUUCUGGAGAUAGAUGUCGAAUGUUUGGAGCACCCGUCUCUUCAGGACAUUCCAGAGGAACUGUUUCAAGUGGGAAGAGAAGCAAAAGGGUUUUUGCUCCGAUGGAAAACGAAAUCAAUUCUCCAGUUUCUGGUUUUCAUCCACGUAAAGCUGUUGGUGUUGUUGACAGAUUGAAUUAUCUUGUAAGCUAUUGUAGACAUAUACUGAGCAGUGAUGAUCCUGUAUCUUGCCUGAGGCUAUCUGUUAUAUCAGAUUCUGGAAAGGAGUGCGUAUCCUGUUGCACUACCAAACUGUCAAGGUCAAAAGUGGAUAUAGUGGCCGUUAAUAGAGAAGUCAAGAGUGAUGAGGAAAACCCUGAGAUGGGCCAUGGUUUGAAGGUGAGCGAUGAGCAGCCAAGCCCACAAGUAGAAAAUUACGGUGCUGCUUGUAUUUCUGUCAGUGAUGCGACUAGGACAAUGCUUCCUUUUGAUGUGGAGAAAGAGAACACUCUCAAUGUUAGUUAUAUCGAUAAGGAGAAAAGUUGUGGAAGUUCUCUACAAACACCUGGGAAGAACUUUUAUCUAAAUCGCCUUCAGUAUAUUGAACAAAACUCAUCUGGUUGUCAACGGGUGGUUUCCUUGCCAGAACUUCUUCACCCGGUGGAGAGCAUUUCACAGAUUUUUAUUGCAACCUUUACAAGUGAUAUCUCAUGGUUUCUUACCUGUUGUGAGAUCCCUAGUCAUUUGCCUGUGACUGUUGCAUGUCACCAUGCUGAGAGAUCUUGGAGCUCAAGCCCUGAUGCAAGAACUGCUGCUCCUUUCCCAAAUUACCCAAAUGUAGCUGUGGUGUUUCCACCAUUUCCUGAGGAAAUUGCAUUUGGGAAAGACCGCAAGAACCGUGGCGUUGCUUGUCAUCACCCAAAGCUGUUUAUAUUGCAAAGAGAAGAUAGCAUUCGUGUAAUUAUUACGUCUGCAAACUUAGUAGCAAGACAGUGGAAUGAUGUGACCAACACAAUUUGGUGGCAAGAUUUUCCACGAAGAGCAAACCCUGAUUUCUUAUCCCUUUUCGGCCAUCGCAAAAAGGAAACCGAUCGUUGUUUAAGGUCAGAUUUUAGUGCUCAGCUGGCUGGAUUUGCUGCAUCGCUUUUGGCUGAUGUUCCAAGUCAAGCCCACUGGAUUCUCGAAUUCACAAAGUAUAACUUUGAAAAGUCAGCAGGUCACCUUGUGGCUUCAGUGCCUGGAAUUCAUUCUUAUAGGCCGUCUUACCUUAUAGAAUCUUCUUUCAAAGAAGAAUUUCUGGGAUCUGUUGAAUCAUCUGUUGUUGGCCUCAGUUACCUUUUUCGUUCUGCCAAUGAUUCCACAGGAACACAAUUGAAACGACUAGCUUCAUAUAUCAGCAGAACCCGGGAAAAUUCUCGCGGAAUGUUGGAACUUGUUUUGAGAAGAAACACCAAUGUGCCUGCUGACGUGAAUGCCGUGAGCGUCCUUGUUUCUAACCCUGAUGAUGAUUCGAAAGACGAAUUUGUCCAACUAGGCUUUUUGCCACGGAAUAUUGCAAAAUGGGUUUCUCCUUUGUGGGAUAUUGGGUUCUUUAAAUUUGAGGGAUAUGUGUAUCGGGAUGAAGUCCUUGCAGCUGCUUCUUGUAGGAGCAACCAGAAGGUGCAAUUGAUGCUACAUGUAUUACAGGCAUGGUGCUCUUAUCAUAUGUUUAGAUACUUUGUAUAACUUGGCUAUGGAUACAUCUGAUGACUCUCUUAACUUUUUGCAGGGAGUGUCCCUUUCAGAUGUGUCAAAGUUAAUUCAACCUCAUCAUGUUGUCGCAUUAUGCUCGUUAAUCGCUCAACUUCAGAGAUGUACUGGCAUUUGGAGGCUACAAGAGGUGCAUCUUCGAUUGGAGGCUCAGUAACUGCGGGAUUUCAAGCUGAUUUUUCAUCAGCAGCAGGUAAAAAAGCGUUGCAGCAAUUUGACUCACAGGAGUCUGAUCCAGAGUGGGGAUGCUGGAGUGCUAGGGAAGAACGGGAAGCUCCUUCCAUUAAAAUCAUAUUUCCUACCAUUGAAAGAGUCAAGAAUGGCCAUAAUGGUGUCUUAUCUUCAAAACGUCUGCUUUGCUUCUCCGAGAAAACCUGGCAAAAGUUGAGGUAUAACAACGUGCUUCAUGAUGCAGUUCCUAAUCCUCAGGACAGAAUCGGGCACCCGAUGCAUAUCAAGGUGGCUAGGAGACGCUUCACCUCCACUAGAGGUUCACGGUCUUCUUCGUUUGGUUGGGUUUACUGCGGCUCACAUAAUUUCAGUGCAGCUGCCUGGGGACAGACCAUUUCCAGAUCCUCCAGGAACAGCCAAGACCAGUUCCACAAUGCCAUGAGAACGGUCAGUAAACUUCGUGUAUGCAACUACGAGCUCGGGAUUGUCUUUGUUUUCCCUCCAACUCAUGAAGAAAUAGACUUAUGGGACGGGUCUAAGAUCGAUGAUAUUGUGUUGCCGUUUGUUGUACCGGCUCCAAAAUAUGGACGGAGUGAUAGGCCAGCUACAGGUUUGGCUAUGAGGGAAGCUUUUGCUGCGUUUAGGGAAGGCUCUAGAAGUUUCUGUGGAGAAACUGAAGUUGAGGGAGAAGUGGAAGAAGAGGAAGAGGAAGAAGAAGAUGAAGCUGAAGGAAUAGGAGAGUUUGCUGCAGAGGAGGAGAAGCAAGAGGAGAAGGCUUAUGGUGAGGCAUUGUGGAGCCAGGUUGAGUCCUCCUCCCUCGGCUCCUGAAAAACUCUAGGCCGCUUUGAGAAAAUGACGAAUUUGCCAUUGUGUCUGUAUUGCUAAUUUGCUAUGUAACUGUUGUAGUGUUGUUUACAAAGAAAAUAUACGGUUGGACAAAAAUUAUAUUAAGAAAUGAAAAGUGAUUCAUAUCAAGCGGA